ACUAAUUCCUUCCUCUUCCACAACUCCACCACCAGAGUCCACCUCUGUAUCCUCUUCCGAUUCCUUUCUUCAUUGUUCGUUCUUCAUUCUCAGUCUCCAAUGGCGAUUUCUUCCGUCUUUCUCCUCUUUCUCCUCUCCCUCUUCUCCUCCAUCGCCCCCUCCCACUCCCUCAGAGGCUAUUUCAUCGAUUGCGGCUCCACCGUCCCGACGGAUCUCGACGGCCGUACUUGGCAACCCGACGCCUUCGUCUUCGCUGGAACCCCCAAGAACCUCACCGGCCCCGUUCUUGUUCCUACCCUAUCCACUCUCCGCUCCUUUCCUAGGGUUCUUAAUCGCAAGUUCUGUUAUGUUCUACCGGUGUUUCGUGGCCGGAGGUAUAUGGUUAGGACCACGUAUUUCUACGGCGGGGUUAACGGCGGCGAUUCUCCUUCGCCCCCGGUUUUCGAUCAGAUUGUUGAUGGGACUUUCUGGGGCGUCGUGAAUACUACCGAGGAUUAUGCUGGGAAUUUGACGUCGUAUUACGAGGGGGUUUUUAUGGCCAAGGGGAAGUCGAUGAGUGUUUGCAUUGGUUCCAAUACGUAUACGGAUUCCGACCCUUUUAUUUCUGCCUUGGAGGUUGUCAUGUUGGGGGAUUCUCUUUACAAUACCACGGAUUUUGAGAAAUUCGGCUUGAGUUUGGUUGCUAGGCAUAGUUUUGGGUACAAUGGAUCCAACUUACGGUAUCCUGAUGACCAAUUUGAUCGGUUUUGGCAACCAUUUGGGAAUAGCAGUUGGAAUGUAACCAAUAGAAAUGUAUCUGCCUCUGGUAUAUGGAAUCUCCCCCCGUCAAAGAUGCUUGAAUCAGAACUGAAGACUGAUACGUUGGAACCAUUGGAGUUGAACUGGCCUCGUUUUUCUCUUCCAAAUUCAACAUAUUACAUUGCUCUAUACUUUGCGAAUGAUCAUGCUUCAUCACUAGAUAACUCGAGGGUAUUCAACAUAAGUGUGAAUGGUAUACCAUAUUACCAUGAUCUAAAUGCAACUUCGGCAGGUCAUGUUGUUUUUGCUUCUCGGUGGCCUCUUCAUGGUCCAAUGAAGAUAACCUUGACUCCCUCUCCUAGUUCAAAACUUGGCCCAUUGAUCAAUGGUGGAGAGCUUUUUGACAUUUUGGCCCUUGAAGCAAGAACUCUUACAAGAGACAUCAUCGCUCUGGAGAGAAUAAAAAAUAGUCUGAAAAACCCCCCAGCAGAUUGGAAUGGUGAUCCAUGUUUCCCCAGUCAAUAUCGCUGGACAGGAAUUACAUGUUCUUCUGGCACUCGAAUUCGUGUGGUUACCUUAAACCUUACAAGUAUGGACCUUUCAGGAUCCUUAUCACCUAGUGUUGCCAAUCUUACUGCAUUGUCUGGAAUCUGGCUUGGGAACAACAAUUUUUCUGGACCCAUUCCUGAUCUCAGUCCACUGAAGUUAUUGGAGAUAGUGCAUUUGGAAGAUAAUAAUUUCAGUGGAGAGAUUCCAUCAUCACUUGGAAAUAUGCCUCGCUUGCGGGAAUUGUUCUUAUACAACAAUAAUUUGACUGGUGAAGUUCCUUCAAGUCUUGCUAAUAAAAAGGGACUUGAGCUUAGGGUCUUUCCAGGAAACCAUCUAUCGGGGCCGCCACCUGCUUAGCAAUUUUGUAUUUUUUAAUUUUUUUUUUCUUUUUUCCUCAAAGGUAAAUGUAAAGGGUAUCAGAUGCCAAUUGUUUGUUUGUGUAUAGUAGUGUUCGAGAAAGAACAGUGUAACAUUUUGCCCUGUAAGUUCUUCAAGGAAACUGGCCUACCCAUUAGCCUGCAAUUGUGGAAUAGAAAUUUGUUCGAUAGCCUUCUUUGUUGCAAUAUGUACGAGUUGCCGUCCUAGUGGUUUUAUUCUUUGAUUUAUUGUCCACAUUCAAUCACCCCGUGUACUCACAGACCAAGAUUACUGUUCUCUUAUUCCCUAAUUGGGUGCACAUAAUUGCCCAUGUAUAAUUGUUUCUUGCUAAUAAUAUGAUUUUGGGUUUGAUAAA